AUGGACUGCCUCAACCUGAGCUCCUCCUUCGCUACCGCUCCGUGGAGGCCAACUUCAACCAGAGUCCGUCUGUGCAGGCGGCGAUAUCUCUCCACAUCGUUGGUCGCUUCUGGGUCGAGCGAACAAUGGGGAGGAGAGGAGGGCGAGGGCGAGAGGAGAAGGAGAGAUGAAAGCCUCAUGCGCCUCCUCCAGGUGUCUGCGACUGUCACCGUCGUCUCAACCUCGUUGCCCCAGCCCCCCGCUCAAGCCAAGGUAUCCGAGAGGAAGAGGGCCGGGAAGAGGGCCGAGAAAAAGGCUGAGGCCGCUCUAUCUCCCGCAGAGCUUAAAGCAUGGUCUCGCGCCCUCCCAAUUGUCAGUGACAGAAUCCCCUACACCGAGGUGCUGAAUCUGAAGGAGGAAGGUAAGCUGAAGCACAUCGUCAAGCUACCCGGCACCAGCUUAAGGCAGAGACCAGAUGUUGUCCUCGUGGUGCUGGAGGAUUCUAGGGUUCUCCGGACUGCGCUGCCAACUUCUGAAAGGGAUGAAAAGUUCUGGGAUGAUUGGGACCGGCUGCAGCUGAGUUCCGUGUGCAUUAAUGCGUAUACCCCUCCAAUUAAAAAACCAGAGGUCCCCUCCCCAUAUUUGGGAUUUCUCUCGAGGCUCACGCUGUUAUUUGCACGCUUCCGAAAGACUAAGCCACAGUCAAAGCGUGUUCUCGAGAUCGAAAAGGCCCGGAGGGAGCUUGCAGCAAGGAGGAAGGCCGAGUUGGCGAAGGUGAGGGAUGAGAGGGAAGCGAUGGAGAAGUCUCUUAGGACUCAGAAGAAAAUUGAGGAUAGAAAGAGGAGACUCGAGGAGAGGAAGGCCAAAUUUGAACAGUCGCUCGUACGCGCUAGGAAGGAUUACGAGUACAUGGGGUUGGUGUGGGCCAAUAUGGCCAGAGACAGGAAUAUUGCCACUGUUUUUGCACUUGGGUUCUUCCCAUUAUUCUAUUAUUUUGUUGUCUAUGGGUAUAGGAAGCAGCAGAAGGACUUUGAGGACCGGAGGAAGAUUGAGCAGGCGGAGGCCGAGGAGAGAAAAAAGAUGAGGGAACUGGAAAGGGAAAUGGCCGGUUUAGAAAGUGCUGGGGAUGACGAGGUUGAGGAUGAGGGUGAUCAGCAGAAUCCAUAUCUUAAGAUGGCAUCAAAGUUCAUGCAAUCAGGAGCUCGAGUUCGACGUGCACAUGGUAAACGGUUGCCACAGUAUAUGGAAAGGGGCAUUGACGUUAAGUUCACGGAUGUUGCGGGCCUUGGGAAGAUACGUCUUGAGCUUGAGGAGAUAGUUAAAUUCUUCACAUUGGGAGAGAUGUAUCGUAGGCGUGGGGUCAAAAUACCAGGUUUGUAUCUUUAUUAGCUACAUUGUCAAAAAAGUGAAAUUUUGAUUCUUAUGCUAACGAUUUACAAUUUAUUUAUUUUUAACUGUUAUGUAUUUGUAGCAAAGGCUUUUGCCUAAUUGAUUAUAAGUAUUAUAGCUCUCAACUUUUAUGGAAUGACAGUAAAGUGAUAAUUUUUUCCUGCGUUGCUUAUUGCCUUGUACACAGUUAAGUUAUCUUCAUGAUCGGGCAAUUAUUUUUAUCAGUACCAGGGAAGUGAAGACUCGAGAUCUACUGGCAAGUGCCAUAUUGGAGCUUAUGUUGAUAACAUGGAAAAUUAUGAGUUGAAAUUCUGAAGAUAUAAGCUAUUAUGGAGUAUGACAUUCAGUAAGGUGGAAAAUUGGGAGCCAUGAAGUGGAAUGGGCCCAAAUCUCUGAUUUAAUUAGACUUUUGAAGGAUGAAAUAUAUCACCAAUUAAGUGGUGGAUGCAUUUUCAUAUAUUCCCCUGUAUAUGAAAGUACAACUUGUUUUCCACACACCGUUGUUCGUCAUGAAAGUACAGUUUUUUUGAACCUUUGGUGUGGACUCUCGAUUCUCAGAUGAGGAAAACUUUUUUUAAUCAUUUAUUAUCAUACUCCCCAGUUCUUCUUCAAUUUUCAAAUCUGAGGACCAGUCUUUUUGACAUUUAUACCUAGGAUUCCUUCUCUUACCAUUUUUCCAUUUUCAGGUGGUAUACUUCUUUGUGGACCCCCAGGAGUAGGCAAGACGCUACUAGCAAAAGCUGUUGCAGGAGAGGCUGGUGUAAAUUUCUUCUCAAUAUCUGCUUCACAGUUUGUGGAAAUAUAUGUUGGUGUUGGUGCUUCUCGUGUUCGUGCUCUUUACCAAGAAGCAAAAGAGAAUGUAAGUUCUCAGGAUUCUCCACUCUAAUUUACUGACGUGUGAGGCUUCUUGCUUAAGUUAUGUUGCAUGCAUUUUUAUCAAAAUUUUACCAUGAGUUUCUUCACUAAUAUUUAGUCUCAUGGUUAUCAAGGUAGUAACUGAUAGUGCUAUAAUCAGUCUACAAGGUUUCAGAAUGGUCAUGGUGGUCUGAUCCAAUUGAUAGUUCUUCCCACAUAUUCUAAUCGCUCAUCAUUCCCCAUUUUCGUUUUCAUCUUAAUGCUGUUCCUGCUCUGUUUGGGGUCAGGCUAGAACUUUUUGUCGGAAAGUAGGCGGCUAAUUCAGGAAUUGGAAGGUCAGAUACUGAGAUAUGACGAGGAUUCAGUAAUUCUGGGCUGGCUGUUCUCAGUUUGAUUUCGAUAUUCCAAUUGGCAGGUCAUAACCUGGGAACAACAGUCUCCAGGCAGUAAAUGGGCGUUUUCUAUGGAUUUCAGGAUUCUUAGUUGACAUUUGUUGGUUGGUGCUGACAGUGAAGUUUAUCAAAGUAAAAAUCGUAUAGGCAUGGGAAAUAAUUAUAGAUUUUUUUUUUGUGCGUUUCGUGCUUCUCUUGCUUCAUUGGUUUGAUGAAUAAACUUUUUGGACAGGCUCCUUCUGUUGUUUUCAUUGAUGAAUUGGAUGCUGUUGGAAGGGAACGUGGUCUGAUUAAAGGCUCUGGAGGACAAGAACGUGAUGCUACGCUUAAUCAGGUGAGGGAUAUUUAAAUUUAACACGUAUGUAGCUGCUUUGUCAAUUUUUAUUGUGGAUUUAUUUAGUAUUGACAUCCUCAUUCCUUUUGAUGUGUUGAAGCUCCUUGUUUGCUUAGACGGAUUCGAAGGAAGAGGGAAUGUGAUCACCAUUGCUGCUACGAACAGACCAGAUAUUCUUGAUCCAGCACUUGUUAGACCUGGUCGGUUUGAUAGAAAGAUCUUUAUUCCAAAACCAGGUCUCAUAGGUCGCAAAGAGAUUCUUGAGGUCGUAUUUAUUAUUUUCCUUAUUAGCUAUCACAAUUUUUAUGGACAAUUUUUUAAUACGUCUUUUUCAAAAUGCCUUUUGGGAAUAUCUUUCUUUCUCUUUUUUAGUUAUUUUUCCCUUGCUUAUCUUUCCAAAUUUUGCAAAUUGGUUGGCUACAUUGUUGGGCUAUUGAUAACCUUGCCAUAAUAAUUUUUUGGACAAUGCAAGUACCUCUAAAUAAUUAUUGAAAGUUACUAUUACUGGGAAUCUGCGUGUUUCUUUUUCUUUAAAUCUUUACUUGGAGAGUUGAAUAGUUUCUGGAUUUGUUUAAACAAGAAAUCUGACAUGUAGCGAGAGUAAAGUUUACAAUUUAGCUUUUUAUAGCAUUCUUCUUCUGUUAUAUUCAAUUAUUUCUAAUAGUUACUUCAUUCUUGUGACUAGUUCUCAGGUUUUUUUCUUGACAGGUCCAUGCUCGGAAGAAACCAAUGGCCAGUGAUGUUGACUAUGUGGCUGUGGCUAGCAUGACAGAAGGAAUGGUUGGUGCUGAAUUAGCCAACAUUGUUGAGGUUGCUGCAAUUAAUAUGAUCAGAGAAUCAAGAACUGAGGUAGGAUUUAUUUCCUUCUUCAUUCUUAAUUUUGAAUAUUUCUUUGAUAUUUUUUAGGCCCUGCAGAGCUCGAAUGUAAAGAAAAUUCCAUAGAUGUCCAAAGCCACAUGCAAACCCUUUUUUUUCACAUUUUUGUGCUCUAUUUCUGAAUUUAGUUCUUUUAGUUGCAUAAAAUCAUCAUGUUGUGUGUAUGUCGCUGCAGUUUCUUGAGAAAGCAAUUAAGUGUGACAUGACGCGUGCUUUGUCUUUAGUUAUCUAAUGACUAAAAUGAGUCAUAAUUGCGUGGUCGCUGAUUAAUACCUUACUCCAGUCUCUCUAUAAGUUUACAUUGUAAUUGUUUUAGAAUUUUUGGUUUUUUUCCUCUAACUUUCCAAAAUUUCCCUGUCUAGUGCAGAUGUACUCCUGCUUAAAUAAGCAGAGCAUUGAUCCUUCAGGAUCUGUUUCUAUUAGGGAAAUAUUAUAUGAUGAGCUUGUAAAGCUGAUACCAGCUGAAGAAAUACCGAUGAAAUCUCCCUCUUUAGGUGUGACCCAGGUGUACUUUUGGAAAAUAAGGCCUUUUCUUUUUUGAAAGUUCAUGUUGAUGGCACCAAUAUUAAGAGAAAUAAGAAAUAAAAUAAUUCGUUAGGUUCACAGAAUAAACAUUCUAGUCUAUGUCGGAAAGGAGGAAGUGGCAGACAUGUCACGUAUGGUGUAAGAACCUCCCAUCUUUAUCUGGCAGCCUUGAUGAUUUGGAAGGUCCUAGGUUAGUGGGGCUAUACUCUGAUGAAAGUCGUUAGCUUCUCAUUCUGCUUGUUCUUAUAAAAUGCGCUGAAAAGUUUUUUUUUAGAAGGAAAGAUAUUUGACGAAUUCAGAUAGAAUGAUUUAUGUGGUCUACAUUUUGUUUGAUAAUGAAACUUUCUUCUGCCUAUUCAGAUAACGACAGAUGAUUUAUUGCAAGCUGCACAAAUAGAAGAGAGAGGAAUGCUGGACAAAAAGGAAAGAAGUCUUGAUAUGUGGAAACAUUUAGCACUAAAUGAAGCAGCCAUGGCAGUUGUAGCUGCAAAUUUUCCUGAUUUGAACAACAUUGAGUUUGUAAGUUCAUUAAUCUUAUCUAUACUAAUAGAUGCAUAUUAGUGCAUAAAUACAGUCGAUUUUUCCUUUGUCCGAUAGAUCUAGGUCCAUUUGGACCUAAAAAUGUCCACAGGAUAUUGGCUAGUUUCUUAAUCGUAGAAGAUCACGUAUAAUGACAGAAUUUGCAAAGCAUGGCUUACAUGAUGCAUGUCUUAGACUUGACAGUGAGGUUCAAGUUUCUAGCAUGCUUUAGCUUUGAUUAGUAUGCGUAUGGAUUUACAAAUAUACAAUAUUUACCACCAACUUUAAACUCCAUGCAUACAAUCCGAGACUGGUAAAACAAUAGAUUUUAACUUUCAUUCUGUUUAAAUCAACUAUUCACUGAGAGAGGAUAUAAGAAGAGGCCUAUUUUAAUACGCUGAGGUCUCUAUUAUAAGGAAAUGAUUUUCUUGACUGACUUUUCAUACAAAUAUAUGUUCUUGUUGGCUGCCCUUCAACUCAAUCAAGGUAGCUUUCCACCUCUUCUUUACUUUAUAUUUGCAUCGCUGUCUCCCAUAUUAGAGUUGUAGUUUUCUUUUUUCUUGCAUUUAUUGUUCAGUUAGGCGCUGCUUCAGUCUGUGCUAAAGUUGACCGCCUUUGAUCAAUGUGGCUACCACCAUGGAAAUUUAAUUUCUCUACCUAUUUUCCUCAAUUGGAAAGAACUAACCUCUACGCGGUUUUGCCUUGGAGCAUUAAAACUUUAAGAAAAGUUGCUGCUUACGCUGGCUUUUUUUCAACAGGUCACAAUAGCACCUCGUGCUGGCAGAGAAUUGGGUUAUGUACGAGUCAAGAUGGAUCAUAUGAAAUUUUCGGAAGGCAUGCUAAGGUGUAGUAUUCCUGACCCACUUUCAUUUUAAUGUCUUAGUUCAAAAAUGUCGAAUGCUCAAGCAUUCAUGUUUUUGGAAAUGACUUCUAAAGGAAUGACAUAGUGAAAAGUUAUGAGGUUUCUUUCUUUUCUUCACAAGCAUUAAUAGACUGAAUUGUUUUCAUUUUGAUCGUAACUCUUCAGCCGACAAUCUUUACUGGAUCAUAUUACUGUUCAGAUUGCACCUCGUGCAGCCGAAGAAAUGUGGUAUGGACAAGAGCAGGUUAGACGACUUAAUAUUCAAAUGGCAUCUUCUUGGUUGGUUGUCUUUAGAGUUUCUGUGGAUUCUCUCUGAGUUAUUUUAAUUUUUUGUCUGCCAAUUGUCAAAUCAGAAGAACAAAUACAAUCUAAAGUAGAUGGAACCCAACCCAACUUAAAUUAAUUCAGUUUUAAAUGAACCGAUUUUUUAGCGUCCCCUUGAAUGCAGAAGCAUCUGAAUUCAAAUGACUUUUAAUGCAGAGAAACGUAUCCAGAUACAACCGAAUAUAUUAAUCUUCAUUUUUUUAUUUUUGAAAGUGGAAAAUACCACUCGAUCGUUAAUAUGAGCAGCGAAAAAGGCCACCAAGGAUGAAAGACACGAGGUUCUAAGAAAGAAACCCGUCAACCCCAAAAUAUUAGGGCCACCUCCUUCCUCUUGAAACAAAAAUAUCUUCCAUUCAUUCAACUUGUCAACAGCCCACAAACAAAUACCUUAUGGGCUGAGGUGCUUUCCUCUUCAAACGAAAGCUAGUUUCUCUCCAUCCAAACAGCACAAAGGGUGGCGUAACAGAGUACGCCAGAAAGUAGGGGAAAAUCAGAAUCAGGCAUUCUGAAUCUUAUUAUCUUGUCUGUCAGGCUGAGUGGUUAGGAUCUUGCAAUGGGUUGUCUGUGCCAUCAAUGUCCAAGAAGAAUGAAAGACAGUGAAAGAUACUUUCAUCAUAUUUUGUUAGUUUUUUCCUGAAACCAUUUGCUCAAUCAUUGGUUCUAUUGAUGGAAAGAAAAUUUCCGCUCAUCGGUAAAUGAUGAAGGAGCGUCUAGGAAGUUGACAAACAACUUACUUCGAAGAGCAUUGAAAUAGUCUCCGUUCAGUGCUGAAAAUCUGACUGCUUUUGGUGGUCAUUCUUUGAAGAGCUGACUUUGAAAGAUUCACUAAUCUCCACAACAGAUGUGCUGUGGGGUAUGUUGAUAGAACCAGAAUCCUGCAGAGAGAAGGAAUGCAAUGCCGGUGUAUUUAACUUUUUUCUAUUUCGGAAUAAACAUGCGUGACUUUUGAUGCUACGGUUGAAUCAGUGUUGCUUGCAGAAAUCUCUAAAGUUUGACCGCCAAUUUGUCUGCUGCUUUUACAUUUAUUUCUUCCUACGUAUGAAAUUCGUCAUUAGAAUAUUUUUUCUAUUCUGAUUUUGUUUGACUGAUUGCAUCAAGAAUCGAUAAACACAGAAUUUGUUAAUGGUUGACGUUUUACAGCUGAGCACAAUAUGGGCAGAGACAGCAGAUAAUGCGAGGUCAGCGGCACGGAGCUUUGUUCUCGGUGGCCUUUCUGAGAAACAUUAUGGUUUGUCAGACCACUGGGUUGCAGAUCGGAUUAAUGUACAGUAAAGAAACUUACUUUUUUUGUAUAGUCAAAGCUGUCAUCCACUCUAUCAACUCCUGUAAUGGUAAUGUUUUUCUUGACAGGAUAUUGAUACAGAGGCAUUACAUGUCCUUAACAGCUGUUACCAGCGGUCAAAGGAGGUAGAUUAGCCUAUAUAAAAUCUAUUUGCCAUUAAAACUGUCAAUUGACUUCUGGAAACUCAUCAACUGUUCAUGUGGCAGAUCUUGGAGCGCAAUCGGAAGCUCAUGGAUGCCGUGGUCGAUCAGCUCGUCCAGAAGAAGAGCCUCACUAAACGGGAAUUUUUCAAUCUGGUUGGCGACUAUGGAAACCUGGAACCUCUGCCACCCAGUAUCGUGGACAUCAGAAAUGCCAAAUACGCACAGUUUCAGGAACUGAUGAUGACUAAGAAGGAACCAACUCAAGGAGGCAGCUUAUGA